CGUUCAGAGCUGCGUAUCUGUGCAGGGAGCCAGGAAGGAGGAGAGGGAGAGAGACGAGCAGGACAAGAUGAGGACCGCGGCGGCAGCAGCAGCAGCAGCGAUGGACGGAUCGACUUUGGGCUGGUGGAAGGCAGACAGCACCGGGGGAGACCGAUGAGGCGAGAGAGAGAGGGCUCGGGAGUCGCGCUGCAUCAGCCCAACAUGGAGGCGUAGCGACCGUGGCUUGCGUUAGAGGAGACCAUCUCAUUGUAGCCGAGCAGCAGCAUCAGCACCAGCAUCAUCAUCCGUCCCUCCAGCCUGAGCCUGAGCGGAGAGGAGGAGGAGAGGGGAGCAGCCGAGAUGGGCUCCCAGGUCGUGCAGACCCUGCGCCAGGGAGUCUGGGCAUCUCUGACCGGGGGCUGGUACCACGAGCCGGACCAGAACAAAUUCAACAACUCGUGCCACCUCUAUCUGUGGAUCUUCCUCCUGAUGCUGCCCCUGUCUCUGCAUCUGGCCCUGCCUCCCACCACCAUGGCGCUGAGCAUCUACUGCACCUCCAUCACCGUCUUCUUCGUCCUCAUCAAGUUGGCCAACUACCGGCUGCACCUGAUGUUCGACGAGGGCGAGGCGGUGGUCCGCAGCAGCCUCUCCGACCUCAGCAAGGCCCAGGAGAAGAAGAGCAACGCCUCGGACUCCUGCUUGCCCGCCAGCAUCAGGAAGAGCAGCACUGUUCCCGACAGUGUUGCCAUGACAAUGUUGGCUCGUAAGCGUACCAGUCCGGUGAUCCAGGUGACGGUGAAACAGACAGAGACCGACCCUGGACUGAUCGGUGUGGACUGUUCAAAGUCAGACGAGGUGAAGACUGUGGAAGAACAGGGUGAGAGUACGGCAGAGGGGAUCCCAGUGGAGGCCGGACUGCAUCCGAGCCCAGAGCCCUCUCCAGACGACCUCUCCAGCCCCAACCCCGACCAGGCCGCCCCACUGCUGCAGGCCCAGCAGAGGCCCUCUUCCAGGGCGGAGAGAGAAGACAUGCGGCCUAUAUCUGCCAGCGGGACAAUGGAGAAAAUGGAUGAGGAGUUGACUGAAAACGCAGCUGCGAAAGAAGGAGUGGACUUUCAGAGCACUUUGAUGGAGAGCGACAGGGAGCGAUCAGAAACAGAGCGAACAGCAGAAAAGGAGAAGGAGCAGGAGAGAAUAGAGGAGAAGGAGCAGGAGAGAAUAGAGGAGAAAGACGGUGAAGAUAAAGACACCGCAGAGAGGGAAACAGCUGAUGAAGGUCUGCCUCCCUCGAAGGGAAGUGAAGAAGAGAGCGAGGAGGAGAGCGAUGGACAAAAAGAGCCCUCGGAUGACAACAAUAACUCACUGGACACUCCCAAGGACAGUCGGGAGGAUUUCCUCGACGUCCCAGAAACUCCUGCACAGGAUGAGCUACUGGAGGAGACGUACUGUUCUGAUGAGAUCGAGGUGGUGCUCGUGGACACCUCCGGCCCCGGGACUACGUCCACCCGCCUGGACGACAGCGACACAGUCAAGAUCAUCAUCACCAUGAGCUGUGACGCUCAGACUGCUGCUCAGCUGGAGGAGAGAGUCAAGCAGAGCAUUCUGGAGAACGCACAGGCUCAGAAGGAUGCAGGAGAAUGUCACAUCAAGAUCCCUGUCAUCACCUUCGACUCCCCCGAGGAAGAGAAGCAGGAGGGGGACGAGGGAGAGGAAGCGACGGGCUCAGAGGACGACCCCACCCCGACACAGCAGCAGACGACGAGUCAAAGUGAAGAGUUCCACCUUUGCAAGGAGACAACCAGCUCUGAGUCGACCACGCUGGAAUGUCCCGACCCAGACCAGGAGCACCUCAGCCUGCAGGUGACGACGGACAGCUUUCCGAGCCCGCAGCUGACAAACGAUAACAGCUCGUCGGGUAUCGAUGUCCACUCCCACCGGGAUGACACAGACCCUCUGGAUGCUAACGUGGAUUCACAAGGGUUCUUGCGUCUGCCGCCGGCUGCGGGCCGCUACGGGCCUGGUGGGAGGACUCACAUUCGAGGGCUGAGCAUGGACAGUGGGAAAGACGCCGUGCUGCUUUCAGACCGCUCACACAACACAACCACCAUGACCAGUUCCAAGUCAGAUCUGGAAGCUAAGGAGGGCCAGAUUCCCAAUGAGUCCAACUUCUUGGAGUUUGUGUCCCUGUUGGGGUCCCUCAGCACCCGAGGGUGCGGGGCCAGCUCACAGGAGGAGCAGGACGAGGCGCUGGAACACAAGCAGGAGGUGGAGGCUGCGAUGGAAGAGAAUCUGAGUUCGAGCUCCAGACAAGAUGAUACGAUAGCAGAGACCAGCACGAACAACAAAUCGAAGAGGCCCAAACCCCCCACCAGCCUGGCUACUGACAAACACAUCCCAAUAGUCUCUCCUGACAGUCCACAGACAGACAGAGAGAAGGAUCCAGACUAUGACUCCCUGCCCUCACAAACAUCUCAGUCAGAGAGCUCCAUGCUGCAGGUCAUCUGCAGACCAGAGGCCACCAACAAAGAGGACGCCUACACCUUCCACACGGUGCACAGAGACAGGCCCCGCAAGCUGUACGCAGAGAGAGCCCUCAACCUGCCGCUGGGAGCCGAGCUCAUCACUGGCAACAUGUGUGACCUGCUGUCCACGUCCUCCAACUCGGAGGGUCAUGACGGCCUGGCGGGAGCUCACACCGACUGCCCCUUCCAGAGACGCAUCAUCCCUGCACACAGGCUGCGGCCACGGAGGACGCACCCUGAGAUCUUCCAGGAAGAGGACUCUUUGGAUGAGUCAUCAGAGACUUCCACUCAGGAGAAACCGACCAGGAAGAUUUAUUACAAACUGGAGCUGUUUCCUGGGAAGUGGAUGAACAUUUUAUACGACAGACUCACACUGGUGGCCCUUUUGGACAGAAACCAGGAUGUUCUAGAGAAUCUCGUCGCCAUCUUCAUGGCCUUCCUGGUGUCCUUCCUCGGUUUCGUUCUUCUCAACGACGGCUGCUUCAAAGACUUCUGGGUCUUUCAGUUUUGCCUGGUCAUCGCCAGCUGCCAGUAUUCCUUACUGAAGAGUGUUCAACCAGACGCAGCUUCACCAACACAUGGCCACAACCAGCUAGUGGCCUACAGCCGAGCGGCCUACUUCUGUAUUUUCUGUGCUCUGAUCUGGCUGCUGGAGCAGCUGCUGAGGAGGAAGGACCUGCCCGUGUCCAGCCUGUACGGGGUCACCAUCGUGGUCCAUGACGCACUGCGCUUCUUACGAGACCUGCUAGUGGGUUUUACCUACUGCUUCCCAAUCACCUUCCUGGUCGGCCUCUUCCCUCAGAUCAACACCUUCACCAUCUACCUGCUGGAGCAGAUCGACAUGCAUUUCUUUGGAGGGACAGCCGCUACGAGUCUCAUCUCAGCGAUCUACAGCAUCCUGCGCAGCCUGGUCGCUCUGUCUCUGCUCUACGGCUUCUGCUUCGGAGCGCUAAAGGAGCCUUGGGAUGAGCAGCACACUCCAGCUCUGUUCUCUGCUUUCUGUGGCCUUUUGGUCGUCUUCUCCUAUCACCUCAGCCGCCAGAGCAGCGACCCCUCCGUACUAAUAUCUCUGAUCAAGUCGAAGGUGAUGCCCGCUCUGGUGGAGGUUGAGGAAGAGGAGGAGGAAUCUACCGAGAUCAAAGACCCGCUGCCGGAGAAGCUGCAGAACUCUAUGAAGGAGAUCCUGCUGUCGGACGUGGUCGUGUGCUCCGUUGCCUACAUCCUCACCUUCGCCAUAACUGCCAGCACUGUGUUUCUGUCUCUCAAGCCCUUCGUGACCAUCGUGCUUUACGCUCUGGCGGGGACGGUGGGCUUCGUCACCCACUACCUCAUCCCCCAGCUGAGGAAGCAUCAUCCUUGGCUGUGGAUCUCCCACCCGGUCCUCAAGACGAAGGAGUACCACCAGUUUGAGCCCAGAGAGGAUGCCGUGUUGAUGUGGUUCGAGCGCCUGUACGUGGGGCUCCUGUGCUUUGAGAAGUACGUGGUGUACCCCGCCAUCGUGCUGAGCGCCCUCACCAACGACUGCUUCGCCCUCAGUCACCGCAAGAAGCUGGGAAUCCACUGUGACGUUCUCCUGACCACGGUGGCCGGACUCAAACUCCUGCGUUCGUCCUUCUGCGACCCCAGCUUCCAGUUCCUCACGCUGCUCUUCACGCUCGUCUUUUUCCACUUCGACUGUCCGCGCGCCUCCGAGAGCUUCCUGCUGGACUUCUUCUUCAUGUCCAUCGUUUUCCACAAGAUGCGUGAGCUGCUGCUGAAGCUCCACUUCAUCCUGGUGUACAUCGCUCCCUGGCAGAUCGCCUGGGGCAGCGCUUUCCAUGCCUUCGCUCAGCCGUUUGCAGUGCCUCACUCCGCCAUGCUGCUGCUGCAGACGCUGCUCACCACCAUCUUCUACACCCCCCUGGCUCCCUUCCUGGGCAGCGCCAUCUUCAUUUCCUCAUAUCCUCGGCCAAUCAAGUUCUGGGAGCGAAACUACAACACAAAGCGUAUCGACAACUCCAACAGCAGACUAGUGUCCCAAGUGGAUAAAGAGACAGGCUGCGAUGACAACAACCUGAACUCCAUAUUUUAUGAGUAUCUGACUCGCUCGCUGCAGGAGUCACUCUGCGGUGACCUCAUGUUGGGCCGAUGGGGCAACUACAGCGCCGGAGACUGUUUCAUUCUGGCGUCCGACUACCUCAACGCCCUGGUCCACCUGAUCGAGAUCGGCAACGGCUUGGUCACUUUCCAGCUGAGGGGUCUGGAGUUCAGAGGUACCUACUGCCAGCAGCGGGAGGUGGAGGCCAUCACGGAGGGCGUGGAGGAGGACGACGCGUGCUGCUGCUGCGAGCCGGGCCACCUGCCUCACAUGCUGUCGUGUAACGCUGCCUUCAACCUGCGCUGGCUGGCCUGGGAGGUGAUGGCCACCAAGUACCUGCUGGAGGGUUACAGCAUCAGCGAGAACAACGCCGCCACCAUGCUGCAGGUGUACGACCUCCGAAAGCUGCUCAUCACCUACUACCUGAAGAGUAUCAUCUACUACCUGGUCCAAUCCCCCAAACUCUCCACGUGGCUGAAGGACGCCAGCAUCCAGGAGGCGCUGCAGUCCUACACCAAGUGGCACCACAUAGAGCGGGACCCUCAGGUCUUCAGCGUGAAGAUCGAUGAAGACUACGUGCACUGCCUGCAGGGGGUGACGCGCGCCAGCUUCUGCAACGUCUACCUGGAGUGGAUCCAGUACUGUGCCGGGAAGAUGGAGACGCCGGUGGACUGCGAUGAAGACUCUCCUCUGGUGACGCUGUCCUACGCUCUCUCCGUCCUGGGGAGGAGAUCCCUCGGCACCGCAUCACACAACAUGUCCAACAGUCUGGAGUCCUUCCUGUACGGGUUCAAUACCCUGUUUAAAGGCGACUUCCGCAUCGCCACCAAGGACGAGUGGGUUUUCGCCGACCUUGACCUCCUGCAGAAGGUGGUGGCUCCCGCCGUCAGAAUGAGCCUCAAACUGCAUCAGGAUCACUUCACCUGCCUGGAGGAGACCGAGGAGGUGUCCAUCUUGUACGAAGCCAUCACGAACUACCGCAGCAGCCUGGUCAUCUGCCACGAGAGCGACCCGGCCUGGCGCAAGGCGGUGCUGUCCAGCCGCGACACGCUGCUCACGCUGAGGCACAUGAUCGAUGACGGCACGGACGAGUACAAGAUCAUCAUGCUGUACAAACGCCACCUCAGCUUCAAGGUCAUCAAGAUCAAUAAGGAGUGUGUGCGCGGUCUGUGGGCGGGUCAGCAGCAGGAGCUGGUGUUUCUGCGGAACCGGAACCCGGAACGCGGCAGCAUCCAGAACUCGAAGCAGGCGCUGAGGAACAUGGUCAACUCGUCCUGCGACCAGCCGCUGGGAUAUCCCAUGUAUGUGUCACCACUGACGACAUCGUACGCAGGAACCCACCGCACGCUCCGCAGCAUCGGAGGAGGGGCGUUGAGCCUGGAUGCCAUUCGGUCCUGGCUCUGCUCUAAAUGGUUACGGGUGCGUAAGGACAACCUGACCAGCUGCAACAGCGGCGUGAACAUGGAGGAUGUGGACUGCGGCGCCGGCGGCUCUUCCUCGCUGAGCCAAAACCGCCCCUCCUCCGUCACAUCCAACAGCCUGAGCCUCUACCAGCACCGAGCCAGGACGACACACAGCCACAGACACCACAACACAGCCAGGAGGGAGUACCGCAGUCGGUCAGUUCAGCCUCAGAGUCAACGUCCCCCCGUCACUAGCCAAUCAGGGCCCAUCCUGGACUCAGGCUCCACCCACGGGCUCGUCCAGCGUCUGUCCAACAGUCAGCUGUCCUUCAACACGUCCAUAGCCUCUAUAUUCUCCCAGGUCCCUCGUCUCUCGGGAGCGGGGGGGAUCAGCUCGCAGCUCCAGGCGGCGCAGCAUCAGCAGCGCUCCAGCCAGGUCUCCUCGUCUUCGUCCACCCUCAGCCUGCUGUUUGGGAAGCAGAGUUUCUCCAGCGGCCUGGUGAUCUCCGGACUUUCUGCUGCUGAAGGCGGCAACACCACUGACACGCAGUCCUCGUCCAGCGUCAACAUCGCCCUGGGGCCCUCGCACAGGUCCAGCAGCCGGGCCACGCAGUGGACGUCAGAACAAUACGAGAGUAUAGACUUGAGCUUUUCCAACGCCGCCGUCCCAGUGAAAGAGGGCACGCAGUCAGGUGACCGAGGCUGCGGCCAGGGAUUGGACGAGACCCAGGAAGAUUCUGCAUCUGCCUCGACAGCUCCGGAGGCAACGGAUCAAUAGACUGUCUGACGGAGAGAGAAAGAGAACACACACACAAACACACACACACACACACACGAGUGCCCAAACUUGUGCUCAUAUGCAGAGAGGACUGUAUUAGAAGUUACACACACAAACACACACACAUACAGAGGAUUGUAUUAGAGAGCACCCAUGCACACAAACCUGCCUCCUCUCCUGUCCUCAGCAUGUGGUUCUCACCCUGUUGUCUGAAUGUAAACAAGUCUGAAAACAUGAUCUUGGCUCCUGUUGCUGAAUUAAAGACAUUUUUAAAUGA